CCUCUUCCUCAGAUGGGAGCGCUGCCAUUGGUCCGCUGGAUGUCGGUAACUUGAGAGGAAUUCAGGCGCCACGUUGCAAGCAGCACUCAGCUCAGUCUGAGGAGUUUGGCUGUUUGAGGGUACAGGUCGUAAUGAAGACCAUGAAAAGAAGAUUAGCUGGAGCCGUUCUAGCGGGCUGUCUGGGGACCUUCAUCAUGAGACUGUGGGGACCAGCGCUUGUUGUGCGAGCUGGCACCCUCUGGCUCCAUGUAGCCGUCCGCGUGAUUGACAUCAGUGGUUCGGUUUUGGGAAAGAAUGGAGGACGGUGCCCAGAGAGGAGGAUGACAAACGCCUCUGCCUCCUCUUACUGACGGAUUUGGACGACCUGACUCCAGCCCCGCACUGUUCCAACCGCCAGCACAAGAUGUUGACUUAAUGGAAGGGGGUUGGCUGUGGAUUGGCCCAUAUGCGUUUGUAUUGGGAAAAUAUGGCGGGGCGGCGUGUCUGUGCGUCUGUGUGUUCAGUAGGAUCGUGUGUGUCUGUGUGUGUGUGUGUCUUCACCUAGCUCCAGACUGCCUACAUCCAUCAUGCCAUGGCACUCUGGCAGAGAGUGGGACUCAGACAGCUUCACUAACACACGUUCGGCGCUAGGGGGCAGAAAAGCUCCACAAGUGGCGCUGAUGGAGCUGCUGGAGCUGAUGGAGCUGAGCGUGGCUGCCAGAGGAGCUGCUGCUGCUGCAGCACACAGGCCAGGCUCCCUCCUGUCUGCUGCCAGUCUGAAGAUGGGUCUGGAUAUCCCCUCCGUCUCCGGCGAAGACCACUGGAAACUAUUUUUUUUUUUUUUUUCGUCUUCUAAACUUCCCCCCCACCCCGAGAGAGAGACUGAUCCUGGUCGGCUUUUUUUGGUUUUUGUUUUUUUUUCUCUUUUUCUGUGGCGUGGAGAACUAGGCUGUUAGCCUGUAGUUUGCCAAGGACUUUGACAACGACGCAGGAUGCCCCAAAAAGAAUACCACAACCAAGCCACGUGGGAGUCUGGCGUAGCCUCAAUGAUGCAGAACAAGGUGUAUGACAUCUGUGAUGAAGGUCACAGUGGCGUAAACCAGCUUGGUGGUGUGUUUGUUAAUGGUAGACCGCUGCCGGAUUCCACCAGGCAGAAAAUAGUUGAACUUGCUCACAGUGGCGCUCGACCCUGCGACAUCUCCAGGAUACUGCAGACCCAUGAUGAAGUCCAAGUGCUGGACAGUGAAAAGGUAUCCAACGGCUGCGUGAGCAAGAUCCUGGGCAGAUAUUAUGAAACUGGCUCCAUAAGACCGAGAGCAAUAGGCGGCAGCAAGCCCCGGGUAGCCACUCCAGAGGUGGUCGCGAAGAUCGCGCAGUACAAGCGGGAGUGUCCGUCUAUCUUUGCGUGGGAGAUCCGUGACAGACUUCUGUCGGAGGGGAUCUGCACCAACGACAAUAUACCCAGUGUGUCAUCGAUAAACAGAGUCCUCCGCAACCUGGCUAGUGAAAAGCAACAGAUGGGCGCAGAUGGCAUGUAUGACAAGCUGAGAAUGCUCAACGGUCAGACAGGAACUUGGGGGACCCGGCCCGGCUGGUACCCCGGAACAUCAGUGCCAGGGCAGCCCAACCAAGAUGGCUGCCAACAACAAGACGGCGCAGGAGAAAACACGAACUCCAUCAGCUCGAACGGGGAGGACUCGGAGGAGACGCAGAUGCGACUGCAGCUCAAGAGGAAACUACAGAGAAACCGCACGUCCUUCACGCAGGAGCAGAUCGAGGCUCUGGAAAAAGAAUUUGAAAGAACUCAUUAUCCAGAUGUUUUCGCGCGAGAAAGACUAGCAGCGAAAAUCGACCUGCCGGAAGCAAGAAUACAAGUAUGGUUCUCAAACAGAAGAGCAAAGUGGAGGCGAGAGGAGAAGCUGCGGAACCAGCGCCGGCAGGCCAACAACUCCUCCAGUCACAUUCCCAUCAGCAGCAGCUUUAGCACCAGCGUCUACCAGGCCAUCCCACAGCCCACCACACCGGUGUCUUUCACCUCGGGAUCAAUGCUGGGUAGACCGGACUCUGCACUCACAAACACCUACAGUGCGCUGCCCCCCAUGCCCAGCUUCACCAUGGCGAACAAUCUACCUAUGCAACCCAGCCAGACCUCCUCUUAUUCCUGCAUGCUGCCUACCAGUCCGCCUGUGAAUGGGCGGAGCUACGACACAUACACGCCCCCUCAUAUGCAGGCACAUAUGAACAGCCAAUCAAUGACCACUUCUGGUACCACCUCAACAGGACUCAUCUCUCCUGGAGUGUCUGUCCCUGUCCAAGUCCCAGGGAGCGAGCCUGACAUGUCUCAGUACUGGUCAAGACUACAGUAGAGAGAAGAGCUACUUCACCCUGUAACCACCCCACUCCACCAUCGCCCUCCGGCAGUGCUCCUCACACAUACACGGCACAGGAGAGUAGAGAAGGCGAGAGAGGGGUUGAGAAGAGGCAAAGGACAGGAGAGGAGGGAAGGAAAAGAAAGAAAGGAAGAAAGAAAGACUCUGGGCGAGCCUUGGGACGUCUGGGCUUUGUUUUUCCAGUGGGACCGUGUGCUGUUCUGUAGCUCUAGGCACAUUCAAAAAACGAGGACUCGGAAAGAGAGAACAACGAUGGAAAGAACGAAAAAAAAAAAAAAAAAAUUGGACCUCUGUAAAGUGCCCGGUGUUAAAUUUUUAUGGAACAAAAAAUUUUCUUUUUUUUUUUUUUUUUUUUUUUUUUUUUCUAUUUCCAACUUCAGUCAUUGUUUCCUUUUUUUCUCUGGUGUGUUAGUAAAUGGCCAUUUGUAUGUUAAUAUGAAAAACCAAGAUCAAGUACUGAUAGAUGGACUGCUAGAAAACCAUGUUUGGUCUUGCGUUUUUGUUUGAGAGAGGAGAACCUGAGAGAUUCUGCCAUGACUAUCUUUUUAAAAUCUGCUUAUAUCGAGACUUUCUACCAGCCUUUGCAUGGUCUCUGGACGCUGUUGCAUAUCAUUAAAAAGACGACAAAAAAGCUGGAGGGAAGACUCUUAACUGUAUCAAGAAAAAAAAACUAUUUAUUGGUCUUAUUUCUUACGAAUGGAUAUUUAGCAGAGGAAAACUCAAACUCGAUCCACCCACUGAGGCUGCGGUCCUGACUCCUCUGACACACGGGCCUGCAGCUUUGCUGGCUUAUUAAACACGGAUCGCUAUCGACAGCUCAAAGUGUGCAAAAGACGCGGCGACAUGCAACACAACUUGGACCUCGUGCUUCGGUGGUUGGAUUGACUCUAGAUUUACCACGGAGAACAUUUAAAUGUGGAAAAACAGGUGUAAAAGACAACCUGUAGUCUGUAAAUGGUAGACUGCGUCUUCGAUAUAAUCCAGUUUGUUUAUGUCAAAAUGUAAAGUACUUGUCUUCCCUAGAAAUCUUCCAGAAAGAUUUCUCCAAUAAAAGUUGAUUUCAUUUAUAUCCCCGAGAAUAUUCUAUAAAUGUUCCAUGCAUCAUGAAAUACAUUUCUUUAGGGUCAGGUACAAUUUGUCUCUUAGGUAUAGUUGUAUUAUAGUGUCCUAUGGUCAAAAAAAAUAAAAAAUAAAAAUAAAAAAAAUUGUGCAACUAGAAAUAUUUAAUUCCUAUAAUUAUGAUUAAACAUUGCUUGACAGAGUUUUAAACUUCAGUGUUUGGCAGUUGUUUACAAGUACAUAUCAGAUUUAAUCAUUGUUGAUUGUAAAACAGACCAAAGCCUUUGUAUUUCAUCUAGUACACAGUGUUUUUUUUAAAAAGAUAUUAGUCUUGUGUUGCAAAAUUUUGUAAACACGUUCUGUUCGAUUACAUUGGCUUCGAGUUUGUGAGACUGCAGUCGAACCCUGCAGUCCUUAUUUAUAAAUGAAGACCAUGGGAGGGUUUUUCUAGCAUCAUCUGUCAUGCUCUUUUGAGUUUUGCAUUUUCAUUUUCAGUGUGUACGCAGAAACAUGGACACACACUGGGUUUACGUCUGAGCAAUGCUUCUGAGAUAAAAACGUCUACACGCUGUCUCUUAAAUAUUUCAAUUUAAUUUUAUUUAAAAUGGAGCUUUCUAAAUGUAUUUUGUGAAAACUAUAAAAACAUUUUGUACAG